AUGGGUUUAUUCGGUGGCUCUGAAGAUAAGAAUAUCGAUAAGGUGAACCAGAGGAUCCUGGAGGACGAACUGGCCGGUCCUGUGGCGGAUAAAGUAGGAUCAAUUUCUGAUUCGAUGUCUUCGAUUUGGAAGGACUCAUCCUCACUGUGGUCUGAUGCCGUGGAGAAUCCUGAUAAGUUUCUACGUGACAUCUCUGGUUUGCAAAACCAUAAGGAGCGAGAUGUCUGGGAGAACUUUGCGAUGAGCGCAUCCGAUGCGGUCGGGUCUCUACUGGACGCUUUUGGAUUACCAGGUGGUUAUGGGAAUCCGAGAAGGAUCAAAUACUUGAUGGACGACCCGUUCACUUCUGAGGAGAUUGUGGCUCAAGGUGUCACCGGGCUUUUCAACUACAGAACGCCGACUGAGCUGCAGUUCACGGAAUGUAAUCAAGUGGGAGGGCUCUCAGUGUGGAAUACCAAGGGCUGGUGGAGAUGUCUGUUCCCCGAGAAGGAGGUUAGCAAAAGACUCGCUGACCAGAAAGACCAGCUGCCAUUUAUUUUGACCAAGGAGAAGGCCGAAAACGAUCACGCACACAAGUUUGGACUGUUCUUCCCGGAGUACACAGGGUAUUUGACGUGGAAGAGCCACAUGAACCAGCUGAUUCGUGAGCGAAGGGACAAGCAGGCUGCAGCAGCGAAGGACAAGCCCGUUCCCGCGACACCAGAGGACUUUAUGAUCGAAACUGAGCGCCGUCCUGACGAUAAGGAAAAGAGGGUUAUUGGCACUUCUGAGUAUGUGACAUACACUUACACGCCAGAGGGCCAAAACGAAAUGAAGAAGACAAAGACAUACUACGAUAACGGCACGGUGCUUGUCAAAUCUCAAAGCAAACUGACUCCCGCAGACGAUGGCAAACCACAGGUCGAGACCUCUGAAAAGAUCGUGCGUGUGGAGGAUGAUGAGAAAUGA